UCCUAGCCUGUUUCGCGGUACCCUGAGUGCCUAGGUGCGCUUCCUCCUCACCACCGGGCGAAGGCGCUACAAUAUAUCAAAAAGCAGGCGGUAUGUUGCCGUACGUCCACCGCGUUUAAAUGAAGCAUACCUCGCUCAUUUCAAAUGGCUGGAUCUGGUUUUUUCCUAAUAAACCUGUUUCGGGUACAGUUAGACCCUACAAAGAUGGCCGACCGAACUCACAAAUUGUACACCCGGGGAAAGCUAUAUCUCACAUCAGCAGCAUACGGAACAACCGUAUAACACGCAAGACUAUAUCAGUCGAGAUCGGCUCGAUCGAUGAGGAAGUUUGGGAGAGAAAAAUAACUCGUGGUGUGAGAAGAGAAUUAAAGUGUGACGUAGUCAUUUCUUCAACUUCCACCUCUGUCGACCCGGAAAAACAAGUCCUGCUGCUUGUGAGGAUAGCGCAGACAACUGCAGUCACAACCAUUCAAGAGCUGGAAGCAGAGACUAUCAGCUGCCUCACCCUCCCGCUGUUUCAGAGGUCACCGCAGAAGUCCCAGGGGAUGGCCCGUGUAGAAGCAUAUGCUGCUCUGAUGGAAGGACUGGACGAGCUGGAUUUCAGGUCGUCUGCGAUUCCCUGUCAUCUGGUGCUGACGGGCGAUGACGCCUUCCCUCUGGCCAUGAACGACAGGGGCCAAGUCCUGAUGGCAGCCUCGCGAUACGGGGCGGGCCGCCUGGUAGCCAUGGGGCACGAGGACUACCUGAGCCUGCUCCCCGGAUUUGUGGAGAACGCUGUGGCCUGGCUAAAGCCAACCCCGGAGGCUAAGGUGGGCAUCCAAGAGGCCUGCCGCUUUGUGGCGGACAAUCUGUGCUACACGCCCACCAAGACGGAGCUGACCACCUCUUUCAAGAGCGGGAUGGGAGUCUACAUUACCACCGCCUAUAAAGAUGACCAGGUGAGCGAGCUCAUUGCUUUCCUGAAGGAGGGAGGUGGGCUGCUGAUUGCUGGUGAGGCCUGGCACUGGUCCCAGUGCCACGCAAACAAGAACCCUCUCCUGAGUUUCCCUGGCAACAAAGUGAGCAGUGUGGCUGGUAUCUACUUUUCACAACACCAGGGGGAGACUGGCAUCGUCACCAUACCCAAGGAGAUCCCCUCCAGCUGGCUGGCUGUUUCUAUCGGCAAAGACUUCAAGGAGGACCUGGAGUUCCUCCUGGAGGGAGUGAGCGAAUUUGACAUAAGGGGCGCGGCCUUACCUUCCGAGAUCCUGGUUCACGGGCCGCUUGCUUUCCCCAUCGGGAUGAACGACAACAACCAGAGCUUCCUGGCCGGGGCCUGCUACGGCCAGGGCAAGGUGAUCGCCACCACACACGAGGCGUACCUCUCCCACGAGCCGCUGCGGAAGUUCCUCCAUAAUGCCGUUCGCUGGCUGGACGAGGGUCGCAACGGCCUUGUGGGAGUCCACCCGAACUUGGGUGGAGCCCAUGCGCUGUUAAGCCAAGGGGGCCUCCCGUGCGAAAAGACCGAAUUCAGUGACAAAUUGAGUGUCUACGUCUGCACCUCCUACAGCGAUGCCCAUGCCGCCGAGAUCCAGGACUUUGUGGCAGAGGGAGGGGGACUGCUCAUUGGAGGUCAUGCCUGGUGGUGGUCCCAGAACCACCCGGGCCAAGACCCUGUGAUGCACUACCCUGGGAACCGCAUCCUCAACAAGUUCGGCCUUGGUAUCCUGGGUUCCACCCUGCAGGCCGGCACUUUCAAGGCGCUGAACGCCGAGGAGAUCUUCACCCAGACCUACCAUUUCCGAAGGUCGCUGCAGCGGUUUGCAGAGGACGUGAUAGAAGGCAAGUCCCUGGAGACACACGAGGAAGCCUGGCUUCCCAAACUGGGGAACGACUGCGCCGGAUAUCUCAGAAUGAAGGCUCUCGACUGUCCCUCCUACACCUCCAUCGUCAGCCUGCUCACUGAGAUGGUGAAGAAAACGGGGCUCCCCCAGGCCUGCCAGUCUUGCCCCAUUCAGAACUCCAAGGACCAAGUGCUCCUCAAGUUGGGCGUCGAGAUCUACAAAGUGUGUCCUGACCCUGACUCUCUCCUCCCAUUCAUUAUCAAAGACCGCGAGGACCUACCCACUGUGUCGGAUGUAAAGGUUAAGAUCAACGCCAACACUGGCAAUGCUGUGGAAUGGAAAAGCACGGGACUUUAUCUUUCUCCCGGCAGCAAAACCAACAUUGUUGUGCCUCCAGAAAUCGUUGGAAAGAACUGGAAGGUGCAGAUUGGCUGCCAGACGGAUUACAUUGGGCACUGCAAGGAGCUGAAACGAGCUCCGACAGUCUGCGAGAGCUUCCCCAUCGCUUCUGAGAGCACAGAGGUGUCGAACCUGUGGGGGGGACUCAUCUAUCUCGUGGCACCGGCAAACGUCAGUCUGGGCGACCUAGAAGUCACUGUGGAGAAGGCAGUCCGAGCACCAUACUACAAAGGAGGGGAGACCAGCACCUCAGACUGGUUAGGGGCCAUUCGCGGUGCUCCCGCUCCCUGGGCCGAGCUGGAGUUUGACAACAUCAUCCUGGCGAUGCCCUCCGAGGCGGUGCGCUGUCUGGACAACCCAGAGGAGGUGGCGGCCCUGUGGAACCAGAUCAUGAAGGGCAUCGCCGAGCUGGCAGCCAUCCCCGAGAGGCUCCCCAGGAAGGAGCGCUUCGUGGCCGACGUGCAGAUCUCCCACGGUUGGAUGCAUGCUGGAUACCCUGUUAUGAUGCACUCAACUGCAGCCAAAAACUUAAUUGACCUGGACCUCAUUAAAAACAGUGGGCUGUGGGGACCCAUCCACGAACUGGGACACAACCAGCAGAGAGGAGCGUGGGAGUUCCCUCCACACACCACCGAGUGCACGUGCAACCUGUGGUCGCUCUACAUCCACGAGACCGUGCUGGGCAAGGAGAAGCACAGAGCCCACGAGGCCUGUACGCCCCAAAACCGAGAGGAGAGAACCCGUCAUUUUGUGGAGAAGGGUCGAAGCCUGAAUGACUGGAGUGUGUUCACUGCUCUGGAGACCUACAUGCAGCUCCAGGAGGAGUUCGGCUGGGAAGCUUUGAAGAAAGUCUUUGCGACCUACCACCUCAUGAGCAACAUCCCCAAUAACAACACAGGCAAGAUGAACCUGUACGCCGAGACGUUCUCCACGGCGGUCGGCAGGAACCUGGCUCCUUUCUUCAGGUCCUGGGGCUGGCCCAUUGAGGAGGGCGUAGAGAAACGCCUGUCGGAGCUGCCGGAGUGGAGCGAGCAUCCAAUGACCAAAUACGCCUGAGCAGAGCACGACAUCACGCUGGCUAGUGUCAGACUGCUCUGCUCCCAGACCAGGCCCACAGGAGGCCCAGUCAGUUACCCCGUGUGAUGAAUGUGUCACCCACACACAUGGUGCUAUCAUAUAACGUUGCAACAUGUGAGCAGGUCCCACACUUUGUUUGAGCUUAUACCCCUUGGAAAUGGGCUGCUUUGGUGUUACAGGUGCGCGCAGGUGCUUUGGUGUGUUCAUUGCAGGCUUUCCGUUAUAUUGCUGAGAGAGGUCGCGAGAGAUAUUGCCGCUCAUUCGUUCCCUGGGAAUUGACUGAUCCCAGGAAUAUUCAAACAAUCCAAACAAUCGAUACAAAUCCAAACGAUCCGCAUAAACAAACGGAGCUGGACUGGGGUCUUGCCCUGCGCCUGUUGCUUGCCCGGAUAGGCUCCGGCUCCCCUAGGACCCUGAAUUGGAUAAAGAGGUUAGAAAAUGGAUUUACGCGUAAAUAAAAUUGUAUUUAUCGUUACGUGACGUAUGGGAGGAUUUUACAUAAGGCCAAUUCACAGAGUCUGGGGAGGGGUAGUGUAAAUUAGUUUUGAAUUCAGAUAGAGGGAGAGAACGAUAAAUUUAAUUCGUGCAUGAAACCUGACUUGUUUGUGAAUCUGAACCUCCCCUUGAACUACUUUCAUUUUUCUACACGUGCAGAGUAAAGGAGAAAGCGAGAAACUAUCGUGCUUCCACCUCAAUUAUCUCGAAUACCUUGAUUCAUAAAAACAUACUUCAGAUUCUAAAUAUUUUAGAAUACAUACACGUAUUUACAGUUCAUAGGGUUUCCCCCCCAAAUAACAGGUUUGGUAAAAAAAACAUUGAAAUGACUAAAUUAAGUUUUUACUGUAAUUUACCACAAUAUCAGGUUUGAUAACAGGUUUCAUAUUGUUCAAAAACUUUAAAAAUGCAAUAAUAAAACGCCAAAUUACACUAUACAUGGGAACUCGCCAUACUGUGCACUCAGCUCACUGGCGUUUCAUACAGUAACGGAGCUCGAGUCCACAACAGUUACUUUUAAAGUAUCUAUUUUAUCUACUUUCUAUGAAUAUUCUUCCCACAGGCAUCACAAUAUCAUAACCUGAACGCUGAAUAAUAAUUUAGCUACGCUAUUCUCACUAAAUUUAACUUUAAAAAUAGUACAAAACAUUGAGGUAGCUUCUACACAAACAUUUCAAUCAAAGCAAUCUUUACGUUCCUUCUUUUCAGUAUUUUUCCCCACUAACGUUCAGGUGUAACAUAUCGUAAAUCUGAAAUGACAUAAUUUUAAUUUUGACAGCUGUGGUUCGGAAAAACAUCGACCUGACAGUAGAGAACAGACGCCGGUAAAGCGAGAAUUUACAACCACUUUAAGAAACUGGUAUUUCGUGUCCCGUUAAUAGGUGAAAUAGUGCACAUUUCCAAACACAUACGUUGUUACGAACGUAAAUCACGGUCUAAUCUUUUUUUCUGGGUUUAAAUUUUUUCUUCAAAAAAUGUUUUAAAAAAAAGUAUUCAAACUCACAGUUCAAUGUUUGCGGUUCCUAACGGUCAAUUACGCCAUCUUCAGACACCCAACCAAUCCAUCUCAACUGCGGUUCUACAGGUGAUGGAAGUUUGUUUUCCGAGUCUUCCUUAAAAUGUACCUACCGUAUUUAGUCUAGGAAUUGGUUAGAUCGUCUUUUUGGAGAAAACAGGGGACUCAUACUGUAUUUUGCAUUAACCUUUAUAAUGUAAUGCUUACUGCCGCAAUUGAGUGUGAAAGCCGGCUUAUCAGAGCGGUGACGUCACUGCCCUUCCCUGUAAUAGCAGGACCACAGAUGCUGGGCUGGAGGGAGAUCUCUCUUUAGCUCAACAGGCUGGGUCCCUGUUGAGUGACGCCGGAAGCCCGGUUCGAUUCCCCGACGGUGGGGGGCUAACUUGAUGCAGCAGCAGGUGAGGGCGCCCACGUGAACCCCGAAGUGUUACAGUAACAUUAAAUCCAUCCAGGUCACGUUUGGGGUAGAUACUACACAGUAUGUUGUACUUUCAUAUCACCAGUUUAUUACCAACACUGUGUUUAUAAAAACUGACAACAAAAGCAAGAGAAGCUAACUAAGUGAGACAUACUUAGUUACAGAGAGCCCUCUUCACCACUGGAUUCCCAGAUAAACCAAAUCUUCUCAUGUAAUGGGCUCUGAAGGGACUUCAUCACAGGAAGCUUUAAUAUACAGUACAAUGUGGGUGUUUUUCAUGUUCAUGAUUUGUAUGCACUCAGGUCGGUGUCAGACUGAUUAUUAUAAAGACUAAAUGUUGUACUGAUAUGAAAUGUAUUAUGCAACCUCUAUUAUUAACUCCUGGGCCCUAUCUCUCUUUUGCAGCAACAAAAUUAAAUAUUCUUAAUCAAAACAAAUUCUUACUUUGGUGAAAGUAUUUGUCAGCAUCCUUUAUUUGACACAAUGGGCACUAACAGUUUUGGAGAGCAAGGGUGUAAGGGGAGAGAGAGAAAGACAGGGAGACAGCGCAGAGAGUACAUGACUCCCCUCUAGAAAAAGUGCAAAAGAGGACCAAAAAAAUGCUUGAAGAGCAAGAAGUGGAGAGAGAGGAAGUGAACCACCCAGUCAUUGUGCUUUUCUGGGCUAGAAAGGUUUUGUCUAGUGUAUUUUCAAUGUUGAAUAAUUAUACAUAGUGGCUAGAACACUGUGUAUACAGUAGUUGAAAAAUAUGCUUUUUUUUUUUCAUUGAUUACCCCUGUGAAACCCAACUCUUACUCUUCAAUAGCUACUGGACUCAAUGCUCAAGGAUCUGAAUUGCUUUUAACUGCAAUUUCUCCUAAAUCUGCCUGAGGCCUUUCUGCACCACACAGUUCAGGAAGCGCUGGAAAAGCACAGUCAUACAGCACAAGAAGAGG